UGUGCGAGGCGUGAGGUGGAGAUGGGGGCGGAGGGAGCCGGAGCUGUCACAGGCCCCGGGUCCGCCUGACCAAGCCAAGUGGGGUGUCAUGGCCGCGGGGGGCAGCGGCUGCACUUCCUCUGCGGGCGGCGGCGGCGGCGGCCGGGGAGUUAAUCCUCGACGCUCGGGUCGGUCCCGUUUCCCUCUGUGCGGCGGCCGGCGGGACUAUAAGGGCUUAACUCAUAUAUUUAACCCCCCUCCAAAAAGGUUUGAAAGUAUUCUUGAAGGGCUGUUUGGACCUGCGUUAUUAAAAGAUCUCAGUUUAUUUAAAGACUGUGAACCUGAAGGCAUUUCUGAUUGGACUUUUGAUGAAAAUUGUCUAUUCUGUUGCUUGAGAAGAGAUAAAGUAAAGGGACACUUAGUCGGUCUGGAUGAACCAGCUUCGGGAGCUGGGCAAGAAGCUCUGCUUAAACAAGAGCAAGCAAAAAUCAUUCGAUUCGAGAGACAAGCAGAAGAGUUCCUCAAUGCAGUCUUUUAUAGAAAAGACAGUCCCUGGGUCUCCGACCCCAAUAUUCCCCUAGUGGCCCGUGAGAUCAUGCAGCGAAUGAUCCAACAAUUUGCUGCUGAAUAUACCUCAAAAAAUAGCUCUACUCAGGACCCCAGCCAGCCCAAUAGCACAAAGAACCAAAGCCUGCCGAAAGCAUCUCCAGUCACCACCUCUCCCACGGCUGCAACUACUCAGAACCCUGUGCUCAGCAAACUUCUCAUGGCUGACCAAGACUCACCUCUGGACCUUACUGUCAGAAAGUCUCAGUCAGAACCUAGCGAACAAGUGAUCAGCAGUCCGAAUGUCUUAAGUUCUAAGAGAAUUCCUAGUAGGAGACCUCCUACUUGUCCUGUGUUCACAUUAAUCAACGGUGUACUUGACCUAUCCACUAAGAAAAGUCCAUGUGCUGGCAGCACGUCCCUGAGCCAUUCUGCAGGCUGCUCCAGUACUCAAGGGAACGGUGAGAACACAACGGAGGCAAUAGCAGCAGAUUCUAACAGUCAGUCGAAGUCCCCCCUGGAGAAGUUUAUGGUCAAACUGUGCACUCAUCAUCAGAAGCAGUUCAUUCGUGUUCUGAACGAUCUGUACACGGAGUCUCAGCCAGGCACUGAGGACCUGCCACCUUCUGAUUCGGCAGCAAUGGAUUCAUCCACCUGCAAUGCUGGCUGUGCCCAGCUAGGCACCAAACCUAAGGAGAAUGAUGCUAUGUGUCUCAAUAUGAAGUCUCCUCCUGUAGAUUUCUUAGUAGACUCCUCAGGCUCUCACAGCCCUCUACACUUUGCAGAAAAGGCCCUAAAGGAGCCUCCUCCAGAGACAAACUCUGUAGACAGGAGAGAGAACGCCUUGACUGUUGUCCAGAAAGAUUCCUCUGAACUUCCAACCACUAAACCUAAUUCUGGGAGUUCAAUGGACAGUUCCACUCUGGGAUACCUCACUGCAUCUAAUUCUUCCUCGUUCAACUUCCACCACAUCUCUAAGAGCUUGGAGGGGCAAACCACUGGACAGGAGCAAGACGCAAAUGUGAAAAUAUGUGAGGAUGGUAAAGACCAUAUGCAGAGUUCAGCUUUAGUAGAAAGUCUAAUUGCAGCAAAAGCGGCAGCUGAGAAUAGUGAGGAGAACAACAGCUGUAUUGUUUCUCCAAGAAAUUCAUUCAAAGCUUUAUCAGAAGAGGCUUGGGACUCAGGGUUUGUGGGGAAUUCAUCUAGAACUGCUGACAAAGAGAAUACGUUACAGUGUAGCUCCAAAACACCUUUGCGCCAGGACUUAGAGGCAAGCGAACAAGAUUCAAGGCCAAAGCAAGAGAACCAUCUUCACUCACUCGGAAGAAAUAAGGUCGGCUGCCAUUUACAUCCCAGUGAUAAGGGCCAGUUUGAUCACUCCAAAGACGGUUGGUUAGCCCCCAGCCCCGUGCCUGCUGUACACAAAGCAUCUAAUGGACAUUCACGAACCAAGAUAUUAUCAACCUCCAUCAAGACCGCUCGGAAAAGUAAACGGGCAUCAGGGUUGAGGAUAAAUGACUAUGAUAACCAGUGUGAUGUCGUUUAUAUCAGUCAGCCAAUAACAGAAUGCCACUUUGAGACUCAAAGAUCAAUAUUAUCUUCUCGGAAAACAGCCAGAAAGAGCACUCGAGGUUACUUUUUCAAUGGUGAUUGUUGUGAGCUUCCAACUGUUCGCACACUGGCCAGAAAUUUAUACUCCCAAGAAAAAGCAAGCUGCUCAACACUGGCGUCAGAAGCAGUGGUCACUCCCAAGCAGACCCUAAUAAUUUCAGCUCCAAAACCUACAGUAGAUGUGGAGCUUCCCAGAGAAGACAAUGCUGAAGAGCCUAGUAAAGAAAUAUCUGCCCUCAAGGAAGGGGACAAAGAUGCUUCAUCUGAACAGGAAUCUCAAGAGCCUGAGGUUUGCCCCAUGACGAGUAAACUGAAUCCAAGCAGCUCUCCUAGGUCAGAGGAAACGACAGCUUCCAGCCUGGGGUGGCCUCUCCCCGCUCACCUUCCUGAAGAGGAUAUGCCAGAAGACAGCUUCGCGGCCUCAGCUCCCACGGCAAGUGGGCUGUCUUCUCCUGAACGAGACCAACAACCAGUUGAACUGCUGGAUACAGAGGAGAUGAGUGAACCCCAAGACUGUCUCCCGGUUCUCUCUACUGAGAACAUGUCUGAGGGAGUCAGUGAAGAUGUGUCUAGGCCUCAUGCUUCUCCCGAAACAGUCAGUAGAGUGGAAAGUCCUCUGUGCUCAGAAAAUCAAAGUCCUGCAGUGAGCUUGGAGCCUCCCAUGAGCCUGGGAAAGGCUGAGGAUGACCAAAGCAUCAGUACUGAGGCCGAGACUGAAGACACUCGGGAGCUAGAUACUGACCCACUCGUGAAGGAAAGCAGCACUUUUACUAAGGAAAACCCCAGUGAAAUUGAAGAAAGUGAGGCAGCAGGUGGUAUAAGAAAGUCAGAAGGAGAGGGCAGUGAUGUAAAACAUCCUUCAGAAAAAGAUAUGUGCGAACAAAACAUUGACUUACCUGAAGAGAACUCGGACAAGAAGAAAAAAGGUAAAAAAUUUCCUGAGGCCUCUGAUAGGUGCCUAAGAAGUCAACUUUCAGAUUCUUCCUCUGCUGAUAGGUGCCUAAGAAGUCAAAGUUCAGAUUCUUCCUCUGCUGGUCCUGAGAUCAAAGUUUCUAAAACUCUUGGUGCAAAACGUUCUAAAAAAGAAGGGUACCCUGGUAGGACAACCCCUGAGGGCUUUCUGACUGACGGUCUCCAUACAAAAGCUCUAGAGGACACUGAAAACCCAAAUGUCAAUGAAAAUCCAUCUGAGAAGGAUGCUGAGCAGGAGGGCAACGCAGCUGGGAUCAUCACCAAGCCGACUUUUAAAAACAUGCUGGCCAAAGAGGUCAGAGGGGAAGAAGGAGACGUUUUUCCCAGCGGUGAUCCUAUAACCGCAGUCGGCCAGGCCCUACCUGGAGAGAGACUAGAAAUCUAUGUCCAGUCUAAGUUAGGGGAGAAAAAUGCUCAUGACCCCUUAGAAAGUGUUCCGUGUACUUUCCCAGAACAAUUAGAAGAGAAGCUAGGACCUGUUCCUGCACAAGAUGUGGAAGAGGUUGUCAGCGAGGUAGACAGUGCAAACACCCAGCAGAAAGACGAUGAUGGUGAUGGGCCCUCCAGCGCACUGGAGUUGUCACGUAGUGGAGGUGGUGACGCUGCCAGGCCCCCAAGGUGGGUACCAAGGCUCACAAGACUGACCUCUUCUACCUACAACCUAAGACGUGCUCAUUCUCUGGACUCCUUGGAGACUACAAAAGUGACUUCAGAAAAGGAAACAGCACAAGGAAACCCAACGCCAAAGGACAGUGAAGCUUCAGAGAGUGGAGAUCCCUUAGACGAGGACGAUGUGGGUGCAGUGGUGGAGGACCAGCCGAAGUUUGUGGAGUGGUGUGCUGAGGAGGAGAACCAAGAGCUUAUCGCCAGCUUCAAUGCCCACUACAUGAAGGUCCAGAAGGGCUGGAUCCAGCUGGAGAAGGAAGCCCAGCCAGCACCAAGGGCGAGGAACAGGUCGGAUAAAUUGAAGGAGAUUUGGAAAAGCAAGAAAAGGUCACGGAAAUGUAGGGGUUCAUUGGAGGCGCAAAAGCUUUCUCCUGUUCAGAUGCUGUUUAUGACAAACUUUAAAUUAUCUAAUGUUUGUAAAUGGUUCUUAGAGACAACCGAAACGCGGUCUCUCGUAAUCAUCAAGAAGCUCAAUACUCGGCUUCCAGGAGACAUCCCCCCUGUGAAGCAUCCUCUUCAGAAGUACUCUCCUACCAGCCUGUACCCCAGUUCACUACAGGCUGAACGCCUGAAAAAACACUUGAAGAAAUUUCCUGGAGCUACUCCUGCUAGGAACAACUGGAAAACGCAGAAGCUCUGGGCUAAAUUUCGAGAGAAUCCUGACCAAGUGGAGCUGGAGGAAGGCAGCGAUGUCAGCCUCGGCCCCAAUUCUGAAGACAGCAUAGAGGAAGUCAAGGAAGGUAGAAAUAGCCAUCCUCCCACCAACUCGCCUACUCCAGCCAGUACCCGGAUCCUUAGAAAAUAUUCCAAUAUUCGAGGAAAGCUCAGAGCACAGCAACGCUUGAUCAAUAACGAGAAAAUGGAAAGCCCGCUUGGCCUGGCUGUGGAAAGGAAACAGGGUUGUAAGAGCGUAUGCAUCAACCCUCUGAUGUCCCCCAAGCUUGCCCUGCAAGUGGAUGCCGAUGGGUUUCCCAUUAAGCCCAAGAGUACUGAUGGCAUGAAGCGAAGGAAGGGGAAGCCGACCUCUGAAAUCUUGCCCAAAGCAGAAGUUCAGAAUAAACGCAGGAGAACCGAAGGCGGCAGCACUCAGGACAGGAAGGACAAGGGAUCUGCGAUGAAAGCCAGUAAAGAAAAGCAUAUUGAUGGAUCCACCAAAACCCCUGCUGCCAAGAAGCCAGCUGCAAGGGACAGAGUCAGCCAGCUGCCCAGAAAGACAUCUUUGAAAGAGAAUAAAGUGAAGAUCCCUAAAAAGUCUGCUGGGAAGAGCUGCCCUCCCUCCAGGAAAGAAAAAGAGAAUACAAACAGAAGACCUGCCCAGCCCGCAGCCUCGGAAACAGUGAGGAAACCUGCAAAGCAAAAAGGGGCAGGUGGGUCCUCUUCCAGGCCACAGAAAGCCGCAAACAGGAAGCAGAGCAGCGGAAAGGCUCGGGCCAGACCCUUGACGAAAACCCCAGAGAACAGUGCAGCCCAGAGAAAGCGAAAGCUGAAGGCAAAGCUGGACUCUUCCCACAGCAAACGGAGGCGGCUGGAUGCAAAGUGAUGGGAAGGGUUGUAGCCCCGAGGAAAGCUGUUCUGUAGAAGGAACCCUUUAUUUUGCAUUAAUUAAAUCUGCUUUUGUAAGCUUUUCAAGCCUUUCAAAUCUGCAGUUCAUGGAGAACACCACAAUCUAAGAUGUCAGAAAAAUGUGUCUCAGAUGGAGAUGGGGAACUUGCCGAGUCUUUCUCUGAGGCUGAGUAAGGGAAGUUAUAUAUUAUAUUCUGGUUGUUCCUUGGGUUUUAAACUUGGAACCAAGCAGUUUUAGUUUUUAAAAGUACAGUGCCUUAUUUAUCCUUUUUUGUUUUUUAAAUUUACAAAAGCUAAAAAGCUGAUCUAUGCGAUUAAAGGCUUGUAUUUUAUACUUGAUGCACAAGCACUUGUACUGUAGUCAAGAAGACCACCACCAUGCACAUAACAGUAGCUUUCCAGCCGCAUCCUGCAGUGUCUGUACAUGAGCAGAUGCUUUUCUUCGCAAACCCCAGCAGUCAACUUCCCUCUGUCUUGUUUGUUUGUUUAAAUGGUAUUUGAAAGCUAAACCAAAUCAUUUUUACGGUAUGUGGAAAAUGCAGAGGGGAUUUAUAAUUAUUGUAAAAGAUUACUAUUUCUGUUACCCCUUUUUCAAAAAUCAUAUUCAUUGUUGGUCAUUCCUCUUACCUUUGAUCUUUUGUCAUUUGGGGGAAAAAAAAAGAUUUUAAAUUAUGUGCCCAAGGGACAACAGCUAUGUCACCAGGUGUCAAUAAUUGGUUUAUGACCUCUAAAAAUUCUUGGCAUUAUCGAUUCUUAUCAUCCUUUUCAUUUUUGGCCUUGUAAGCUUGCUAGCACUCUAACAAGGCUUUCAUCCUACUUUGGGGGGAAAAAUCUAGGAUUUUUUUUUUCUCUCCAAGAUCUUGUAGCUGUAAUUUGACAAUUAGGACAAAAGUAACUAUUCUUAUUUUCUUUCUUACCCUAAGUACUUUCAUAUUCAAAGAAAGCCAAAAUGUUAUUUCCAGAAGUAGAAAAGUUUAAGAGUGUGUGUGUGCAUGUGCAUUUGGGGGGCAUUUGCCUAUGGCCAUCAGCCACAAAUGGCUCCCACCCCCAGUUCUACAGUAAAAUUCUUUCUUCCCCAUGCAAUGUGCUAGGGGCUUCAUGAGCUGGGUAAUCAGUACAGGCCAGAUGGCUUCAAUGUGGCCCAUGUUCUCCAUGAGCAUCCUGCAAACUACUUUGGCAUCAGACUCAGAAAGGUCAAAACAGCACCGAGUGAUGUAAAGGUCACAGCGAGCUUGCAGUUGGAGGAAGCAGCUCUAACAUCUCAUAGUGGGCCCCCGUGCCCUACACUGGAGCUGAUGUUCAUGUGGAUGUACAUGUUGAGAGUGGGUGUCCAUUCUGAUUGGUUAUCGCCAUACAGUUCAUGCUUGUAUAAUAGUGUCACUCCUGCCUCUGCCGUGUCAGGCUGUGUUCCAUAGCCCAACAGUGAGAGCUGCAGUAUUUGUAACUAAUGAUGUUUGCCUUUCCCGAGGGAAGCCGGAGAUGGGUGCGUUGGCUUUACCUUGGUGCCUAUAGCAUUGCUCCAUUAUAACACAGUGUGCACUUGACAUUUCCGUUGGGCCGCUCUUCAAAAAAGGCUCGGCUAUUAAAGCCUCAACCACCUUCUCUGACGUGCUCUGUUAUCACAUUAAGCUUAUAUGGACAGCUGCCUCUAUGUCCUUUCUAUUAAAAAUGAUUCCAUGUAGAUUGUUUCAGAUCAGUUUUAGACAAACCCAGGUGGACGUUUUUUCAUGCAUUAUUAGUUCAUUUACAUCAUGAUAAGACAGGCCUUCUACCCAUUCUGUUAUAAGGUUUGCUGUUUAUGUACAAUGAAAACUUCUGAUGAUUGGAGAAAAGCAUUUGAUUCACGGGACAUUCAGAACUGUGUUGAAUUUCAUAGACAGUAAAGCUUACUAUCUUCAGUGACGCUGAUUUUUUUUUUCCUAACAUCUCUCCUCUAUCCUACGAGUCUCUUUUUUUUCUUUUUAAUAUCUUUGUGCCCAUUCAGGAGCUACCUAUCUUAAUGAAACUGCUGAGUGUGUGUGUUGGCAGCCCUCUCUCAGCAUUAAGUUGCACAGAAGCAUUAAUAUGUGUUGAGUAGGUUCAUUUAAUCUUUAAAAAGUGGUUUUAAGGUUUAAAGCAAUCUUUUCGUAUAGUUGUCACUGGAUAUGGUUUUUGUGGUGACUUAGACAGCUGAGGUUUGCUGAUGUCAGGUGUGCUGACUCCUGUACAUACGUUCAAGGUGCCCCCUUAGCUGCAUAUAGACUACCUUGGGAAGGGUGCUUGCCUUGGGUUACGGAGAAGUGUGAGGAAGUACAUGGGUGAAACUUUUCCAGUUCCAGGUUUAUCAUUCAUUCCAUUACUUUUCUAAGUUCUUUUUCAUUUGUAAAAGCUUGUGGCAAGAUAAUAGCCUUCUCUCCCAUUCUAGAAAGUAUUUAAGAAAAGUUAACAAUGUGUGUGCAUUUAUUUUAUAUACCUAACAAUGCAAUGGAUCAUCUUUAAAAUCAACUGAUACUUUAUAGUAGUGACAACAUUUAAAUAGACUGGGAUUCUACAUAAUUAAGAAAUUAAAAGUUUAGACUUAUUUUUGUAUUUGUUGAGUCCCAUGUUUGCUGAUUCAGUUAGUUUUGCUAAUAGAAAAAAACACUGAGGGCCCCACUCUGGAAAGCCCUUUUACACUUCUAACAGAUGUUGUUACCCAGAUACCGCCAAGCCCAGGCCUGGUAUUGGCUCACGUCUGCCCUUGUUUUCCCUCCCUUGCAAAGACCUCCUUCCUGUAGCCAUCUUCACAGUAUGGCUUGCCACCGGAUGCAAAGGCAGUCUGUCCCACAUCCUGGACUCUAACUCAGCAAGGAACUCUGCUUUGGGGCCCAUGCUCGGUGAAGUGACCGUCCCAAUGUUGGAACUGACGUUGAGGACCAGAGAGCACUGGUAUUACCUCUGAGCUGCAGUUGCUGGAAGAUGCCUGGGGAGCAGCCACUGAAGCUCCACGAGGGCUCCCCAGAGCUGGGCCCUCUUCAAGAGACCCAUUUUCUAUCGCACAAGGCUCCCUGGGUUUGGGAGGACAGCUUGGAGACUGCUCCCAGUCAGCCCAGAGCCUCACCCCGGCACCUCCUCAGACAUGUAGCAGUCUUGCUUUGUGCUGCUCUUGAGGCUUCCUGGAUAGGAAUGUUACCAGCGUCUGUCUGUGAAUCUGCCGUUGCUAGUCCCUUGGGCCCCUUAGGUCGGCCAGUUCGUUAUGUCUGUGUUUCAUUAAGGACUUCCACACAAGCCUUUUCUAACAUAAUGUUAGGCUGUGGAUUUCAUGCCUUGUUGUUCCUGUAGUAGUAUGGACAGAAGAGGGGCAGUUAGUCAUCCCUUCACAUAUGUGGUGCUUCUGAUGGGAUCCUCACGCAUCACGUAGUGCCCAGGUGAAUUACCCACUGUUUAGAUACGUCAUCAGGGAGACUUUCAGGCAGUUACUUUGAAUUACAAUUUGGUCUCUUUCCUGCCUUGUGAUGAAUUCUGUGGUGAGGGCAGAAGCUGUCACUUAUUUAUGGGCAGCAUUUCUGUUGAUCAGUGGACCUAAGAGCCAAGUAAGAAAGGACAACAUGCUAUGUGAUGCAAGCUGGAGAGGCUGUAGUGUCACCAUCAAUGAGUCUGGUGUCUUGUCAUCGUACCUGGGACUAGGCUGGAAUUUCCCGAAGUGCAGGCCCAGGGAGCUACACCCAGUCCUCUUGGUUUUAGAUCAACCUGUGCAGGCUCUUUUUGGGCUCCAAAAUGAUCUAUCAAGAGUCUGCAGGCUGUGGGCUGGUCACUGUUUUAUAAAUAAAAGUUUGUUGGAACAAAGUUACGUCCAUUUGUUUAUGGAUUGUUUGUGGCUGCUUUUCAGCAGAGUUGAGUAGCUGCAACAGAGACUGUAUGGUCCACAAAGCCUAAAGCAUUUACUGUCUGGACCUUGAAGAAAAAGUUUGCUGACCCUUGCUUGCGAAAAUCAUCCUUUUUCAGGGACAAAAAUCUUCCCUGAGGUAUCUUCUUUCUUCUGCCUCUUUUUCUCUUUCUCCUUUCUUCUCCUUCCUCUUUAUCUUACCUCAGUUUUGUUCUUCUUUUAUAUUUCUUUAUUUCUCCUUGCUACAACAGAGACAUAUUACUACAGCACAUCAAAUACUGUCUCCUAAAACUUGAGCUACCUUAGCUUCACAUCUUCCUUCUUAAGAGUCACCCAUCACAGUAGCCACAUAAGGCCCGCUGUAGCAAUACAGUCAGAACCUGUGAGCAAACAAGAAUUCAGAGUUCCAGAAUGAUGUGCCUGCACCUCUCAUUUCAUUGUUUUCAUCAUAGACCUGACUCCAGCUUCACGUCUUGUUUAUUUCUAAAAGAAGCCAAGAUUUGGGUUUGUGUUUUUUUUUUUCCAAAAUUAGUUGAGACUACUUUAGUUGGAUGUUUCUGAACCUCACUUUUAGAUACAGAAAAAGUCUUCAGAGGGGAAACAAAAGUCCAAUCACAAACCCAAAACAUUGUUUAUUAUGUAAUAGUUUGGCCAGCUCCUUGGAAAAUAAAAUGCUGUUGGCACUGUUAUUUUCUAAGUUCCAUACUCUUCUUUCAAAAUAAUUUUAUGAAAGGCAAGCCAACAAAACAUUGGGCCUUGAAGUGCUUUCGAAAAGAAUAAUAGAAAACUGAAACCUAUUGUAAUCUCACCAUGACUGAGAAGUUAUGGUUUAUAUCUUUAGAUCAAAUCCAGUCAACUUCAAGUUGUGAAGUCUUCUUCCUCCCCCAAAAGUUAAGGAGUUUCUAUGCUGUUUUUCAAAAUGAAAUUGAAUGUCAUGUUCAGUGACAUUCAAGCUUUUUGUCAGUGGCCCCAAAACAGUGACUGUUUCCAUUGUUUUGAAACGGAUAAUUAUCAUUUUGAAUUCUUAGCUAUAAAUUUUUGUCUUCUUAUGGCUUGCUACCCACUAAAAUACUGACAGUUUAUAAGUAUGAAAUCCUGUGUGUGUAUAUUAGCAAGGCAGUCCACACAUCCCAGCAGUACGUGCUCUGCUCUAUGCUUGCUCCCAAACUGUCUUCCAGGAAAAAAAGAAAAGAAAAAGAUUAAUGGUAUUUAAAGCAUGCCGAAUUAUGGGAAGCCUUUGAUGCAGCCUUCAAUAUAAUUCAUCCCUUAAAACCCCAGAACAAACUGCUGUAUUCCACAGUGGGUGGAUUGAAGGACUGGAAGGUCUACCCUCUUUAAAAUAAAUCCUACUCAGGCUGAAACCCAGAGCUCUCUGAUGCCACUCCCAGCUCAGGGCUUCGUCGUGCUGUGCAGGGGACCUAGGGAACCACCUUGGGCACUUGGCGGAGGGUAUCCCGGCUCAUGCUUUUGCCCUUGGAAUUGAGACAAAGCUGGCCAGUUGCUUCCCUGACCGCCCUCUGAGCUUCCUCUUCUCAGAGCUGGUGGCUGCUGCUCAGUGCUCAGGAGCCAUCUUUUGCCCCAUCCUUCAGCGGGGCUGCUGUGCAGUUACGCUCACCUGGUGAACACAGUGACACAGGCUUUCUCGAAAACCUGCCUGGGACCAUUCCAAUUAAUGCAAGGUCCUUACAGACAAGCCACAUGAAAGUAUAGACUGCCUCUCCCUCCCCGCCACCAAAAAAAAUCAAACCAGGUGCUCGUGGUUUUCAUAAUAUGCCAGAGGUUGAAGGAAUGCAUUUUACCAUUUUUUCAAAGGGUUAUAUUAAAAAGUAACAGAUAUGUGGCCCACACAGCCUAAAAUAUAAAAUAUUUACUACCUGGCCCUUUAUAAAAAAAGUUUACAGACCCUUGCAAUAUGUCAUUCAAAAUCAAAUUGUGUGGACAGUUGGGCACAAACAUUUUUUAUGUCCAGCAUUGCAACAUCUCUUUCCUUUUCGAUUUUAGGGUAUCUUGUGUGUUCAUCUCAGCACACAACUGCUGUUGCACGUUAUCCCUAAGUAAUGCUUGUGCGUUAAAGAACAAGCAAAUAUUCCCUUCUGUGUUAAUUGAAUAUUCAUUGAAAUGCAAUCUUAUCUACUAAGAAGUUAGAAGUCAAAGUACAAAGUCCUUUAAACUGAAAAUAGUAGUCUUCAGCAUGUUGAUGAAUCAGGGUGAACUUGACCCCUGGAGAAGCAUUCCUCUAUGGCAGUGCUGAACACAGAAUUACUAAUGAACUUCGGGCCUAGAAUAGUGCCUCUCCUGGCCAGACACGGCAAGUUAGCCCCACCCGCUGGGGCCCCUCUUUUCUUUCUCAGAUGCAGCCUAUUUGCAAAUUUCUCACUCCCCAAGCUUUGGUCAGUGAACAUAAAUGGCUGGCUGAUCUUUGCCUGUUGGAACCUCAAAUCUACCCCUUCUCAGCUCUUAAAAACACCAGCAUGUCCAUGGCACCUUGUCAGCGCACCAUCAGCUUUAGACAAGUUCAGAGCGCUCUGGCUUGGCCAGUGAAGCCCCCAUCUGGUCGGGCGUGACUCACCUCAUUUUGAGGAGCCACCUCCCCACGUUUGCCUCUUCCGCUUAUGCCACCAGCCCCCUUCUGGGAGGCAUCUUCCCUGGGAAGUCUCCCACCUUGCAAGUGCUUUACUGAACACAUAAGAUGUCGUAUUAGAAACAUUUUCCUUCUAAUAUUUAGACAUUGGGUCCAAAAGCUAUUCAAUUUAUUAAUGUUUCCACCCCCACUGUUUUCGAUAAUCUACACCUCUUGUCUUGUAGCUGAAGCUAUAGUAUUUGGGAGCUAAUUUGUGGGGAAAAAAUGCUAUACUUAACAUCUGCAUAAUUUUGUAUAUGCCACAGGUAGAGAUUAGUUCUAGAGCCACUCUAGUUUAAGAUUAUUCGUUUCACCAGUGAUUUCUGCAUUACUAAUAGUUCUAGGAGACUGUGUUAGUAACUGGUUUCAAACACACAUAUAUAUAAUUCAUAUUUAUACACACCACUGUGAAAUUUAUUUCACUAAAUACUGUUUUUCUGUUUAAAUGCUUCUAUAAAAAGUAUUUAUUUUAACAAAAAAAAAUUAUCAAAAGGGCUUUCCAAAAAAGUGUUCUAGCAACCCAUCCUCCCCAGCUAUCAUGCUCAGCCAUUGAACCCCGAAACAACACAGUGAAGGCAGAAGGGUGGGGCCUUGAAACUUGCACUGUUCUGGGGCAGAUACAGCAUGGAUUGGGAACCUAGGCGCAUUGCCCCACUGUCGCCCCAUCCCGGAACAAAAUGGGUCUCCCACUGUCGGUGUGGCAUAUGCCAGGCAUGCCUCAAGCAGCCCACUGUUUGCACACACAGUUGGUACAUUCACCUGUGCACUUCAGCAGCCUGUGCAGGGACGUGAGCCUUAGUUGUAACCCCAAGGAAACCCAAGCCCAUACUUGUGGGAUUAUGGAGAAACCACUGGUUGCCUCAAGAAAGCAUUAAGUUGUAUCUUAGUCUUUCUCGUGUUUGUAAAAGACCUGUUCCCACCUCUCAUUAAGCAUGGGAACUGCGCGUAAGCAUGUUUCCUUUCACACCUUGACAGUACUCAUGAGCACCUCACUCCCCUCCUCCACCUCCUCCUCCUCGUCUCAGCAACACCUGAGCAGAUGUGGGCCAGCCCUACCUGUAACCAGUGGUUACAGGACAGGGACCCUCUGUUCUAAGAUGUGUGCAGCUUUACUUCUCAGGAGUCCUGGUCUGCAAUUCAGAACACCCCUGUAUGUAAUGGAGUCGAUGCUUUCCGAUCGUGUUCCUCUCCCCUGUGCCUCAUGCCUGGGCACCCCUGUCUGAGUCGUGAGUCUCAUGCUGCCGGGUUGGCUGGACUGAGGACUGUAGCCCCAGGACUGCAGAGAGCUUGGGACCGGACACACGGGGAUUUUUGUCAUCCAUUUGAAUCAUGCCUUGCAUAUUUACUUCUGGCUUCUCUUUGUCUUUUCUAAAGAAAUGAGGACACUUGAACAGCAAUGCUGGAGAAUGUUUUUUCUAAGAUACUAUUUGUAAGCAAAUCUGAUUUUAAGAUGAAAUGUGAAUGGGUAACCAGGUGCCAGGGAAUUUAGCACUGAACUAGACAGUCAAAACUUUUUUAACCUUUGCAGAAAGAAAGAAAUUUUGCUCACAUCUAAAUGUUCACAAGAAGUAAUGUUGUAAAUAGUUUUUUAAAAAUAUUUAUUAUAUGUGCUGUACGCAGAUUCAUGUGCUGAGUGAUGUUGGUUUGCAUUGUAGUAUUGUAGAAGAUUAUAUUUUGAGCAGUGGACUUCUUUUCAUAACACACAUGGAGAAAGAACAAAAACCAGCAGGUUGAGAGCUGUUUGGGGCAUUCGAUCUGUAAUGUUACAUCAAAUCCAAGCUUUAAUUGCCCCCUCUUCUCAUCUGGUUAUGUUAUAUAUUAUAUAUAUAGUAUAUGUGCGUGUGUAUGAUAAACUGGUCCAUGGUCAAUCCCCAGAUCUGCAGAGCAGAUUUCCAGGUGUUCUUUCUGAUGUGUUGCCCAUAAGCAAUAAGAUCCUAGGUAAAAACAAUUAUUCCGGGCCCCGCGCGGGCCCUUUGUCUCAGAGGAUAGGGUGGGGGUAGAACAGCUCUUGCUAAGACCUCUUGCCUUUGCCAGAGAGGUUGCUGUACUUGAAUUUUUGCUUCUGUUUGUCUGCACGCUCCGUCCAGUCAUACAAAUUGAGCAAUGGAUGUGAAAACUGCCAGCACCAGGCACAUCAAAACUUGGGCAUAGAGAUUGAAAAAUUGUCAAGUUUCUAUGAAUUUGUAGGGCUUCCAGAAUCUAGCUGAGGAAAGCUCACUUCACUGUAGAGUACAUGGAAGAACGUUUUACGUUGGAAAUCCCAAUGACCAAUUGAAAAGUCCUUUGACUAGAUCUGACCUACCUUUAAACGCUAGCCCAUUUCCUGGAAUCCGCCUCUGUACCUGGGUUUAAAAUCUCUGAAGCCCCCUUCGUGUCCGGGGCUGAACCAUUGAGGUCAGUGCAAAGAGUGCAGUCACUCCAAGUCACCCAGCGUGUCCAGUUCAACAGGUUUCUAAGCUGUUUAGCAGCCUCUCCUUGUGCCCGUCCUAAACUUUACGAAAACUACCCCACACCCAAAUAACCAUUAAUAGAACAAUGUAGUUUUUUAGGCUUUUGGAAUAUGUCUUCUCUUUUGUAUUUAUGAUGGUGUUUGGAAAUUUUCACUAGUGUUUUUUUAGAUUGAAGUGGGUGCAUUAGGGUAAAACUUUCCGUUGCUGAGCCUGAAAGCAAGCAAGAGGAAAGAAACUGACCUAUGUUGUAUCAUUGGGAAGGUGACUACUUGUGGUGGGAGGGCGGGGAGGGGGCAUUUGUAGAUUAUAUGGGGGUAAAAAUAGAAAUUCUGGCCUGAGGCGCCCCAAGUCUUAUUACCUUAUAAUAAAUAACCCCUUUAUUAGCCUCACUUGAUAGAAGCCUGCUGUUUACCCUCAGGGAACAAGUAGUUUUCAAAAUCGAGCUCCUCCAAGGUCAUUGGCCAGUGCCUGUGUGUAGGCAUUGGUUGUCUUUGUGAACUCAUGGCAUUAUUUUCCCAGAUGCGUUAUGAUAUUAAGAAAUUCAACCCCCACCUGUAUGAAAAGCACAGCCCAGGGUCCUCCUUUAGGCCAGAGUUCAUGCCUUUGGGGCACCCAGGGGUCCUAGGAGGCCCAUGCAAUUUAACUGAAGCUCAGGUGCCGUGUUGGGUUUUUAUUCUUUUUAGGCCACGACCCUUCAGAAUGAGUUUGGGGCAAGGGCUGCUGAUCUGGCUGUGGAUCCAGGGAGCUCUAAGACGAAUCUCUACCGUUCCUAUAAAGGUCUUUCUGGUUCCUCCCAGUGUGUCAUAGCCAAGGUCAAUCUCGUAGUUGUUCAGGUGUGCUCCUUUUUGCCGUCUUGUGAGUCUUAGCCAGUGAUCCAGGUGCCCAAGGAGAGUGUCUCGAGAGGGCCUAGCCCCCUUCCUGGCACCAAGUGUGUGCCCCCGACCUGUGCAAAGGCGGUCUUUCCAAAAGCAGCGAAAUGAGAAAUUCUGCAAAUGAUUAUCGGAUGAACAGCGUGUAAUCUCUUGGGCCUGGAUUUCCGCCAUGUUAGUGCGUGUAGGAAAAUACUGUGUCGUUAAUGGAUGAAAAUGUAAUGUAUGCUGUGAAUUUGUUGGUUUGAAACAUUGAAAAUUUUUCAUUAGACAAUGUUUACAUACCUCACCUGAAGAACCUUUGAGAGUGUAUAUAUGAAAUUUAAAAAUAUAUUAAGUUGCUUUAAAAACAAUAUGUACAGCUAUAAAAGUUGGAGUUAUUUUAACUUUGAAUAUGUACCGAGUCUCUUACAUAUUGAAAUCUUGUGGACUUUUUUGUGCUUCUGUGUUUUACUUUCCUAUUAGACCAUGUAGGAAACUGUGUUCUUGUUCUUGGGGAAGGGGCCUCACUGAAAUCCAAGCUUGAAGGAUUUCCUUUGUUGUUUCAGAUUUUCUUGUUUGGUUUUGAGGGAUGGGGUAUGGAGCUAGAGGAUGUGUGGGAGGGAUUUCUCUAACAUUGACAUCUAUUCCAUGAGCUUUUUCUAGGCGCUUAUUUUAUUGCAGCGUAUUAAACUUCUUUGAUAU